AUGGGUCGUGGGAUCUCGCUGCGAGAGGACUGCUCCAGGUCCGGCAUCCGAGGCAUCAACCUCCACCACGAACUGGAGGGAAGGACGGUUCUCGAGGAGGCGCUGGAGAACUUGAUGUACAUGGAUGCGGUGUUCUUCGGGGGAGCGGGAGAAAAUGAGGAUGUCAUCGAUAGGGUGGUGGGUCUUCUGAGGGUGGAACGGCAGAGAGCAGACAGUGGGAAUGGCAAUGAGGACUCCAUCCGUGACAUUGUGAUCUGCAGUGAAAGCAGGGAGCAGCUGGAGGAACAGUUAGAAAGAUGGAGGCAUGCACUGGAAAGAAGAGGAAUGAAGAUUAGCCGAAGUAAAACAGAAUAUAUGUGCAUGAAUGAGAGGGGUGGUGGGGGAAGAAUGAGGCUACAGGGAGAAGAGAUGGCAAGGGUAGAGGACUUUAAAUACUUGGGGUCAACCGUCCAGAGCAAUGGUGAGUGUGGUCAGGAAGUGAAGAAACGGGUCCAAGCAGGUUGGAACGGGUGGAGGAAGGUAUCAGGUGUGUUAUGUGACAGAAGAGUCUCUGCUAGGAUGAAGGGCAAAGUUUAUAAAACAGUGGUGAGGCCAGCCAUGAUGUAUGGAUUAGAGACAGUGGCACUGAAGACAAAACAGGAAGCAGAGCUGGAGGUGGCGGAAAUGAAGAUGUUGAGGUUCGCUCUCGGAGUGACCAGGUUGGAUAAAAUUAGA